GAGCAAGGUCUUCUGUCUUCAUUUCUUUUCGUUCCACAGAACACCCCACUCGUCUGCCACUUCUUCCAGAUGGCGGACAACGAGGAGAAGCUCGAGAAGCCUCUUGUGCCUCCUGCGGCUAAGCCGCCGACGCCGAAGGCGAUGAAGAAGGCCAAGCCGAAGGUUCCGCUCGCGCUGCUCACCACUAGAGAGCAGAAGGCCGCGGUGAGGGUGAUCACCGAGUUGCAGUCGGAGCUCGUGGUGUGGAAGGCUGCAGCUCGUGAGCAACGUCGUGCAGUUCGUGAGCAGCUGCGUGGCAACAAGGCCAUCCGCAACGCUCUGACGGCGCUGAAGAGCAACGCGUCGUACAUCCUGAGCAAGGGGCCGCCGGCCGCGACGGCCCUCCCGAAGGUCCGCAAGAUCAAGCGCCUCAAGAAUGUCUUGAGCAUCUUCAACGGCAAGAAGAGCAGCGGCGGCGGCACGGGCACGACGGCCACGGGCGCGAGCUCUUCGGCAGCGCCAGCUCCGCUACCAGACAGCGAGGAGCCCGUGGGGGGCGACGAGAUCUCCUCCAUCGUCUCGGAGAGCGACGACGACUCGGGCGAGGGCGAGGAUGGCGAGGAUGAGUCGCUGCAGUCGGACUGACGGCCGAGGGAUUAGGUGAGCAGUCGGCUCGACUCGACUGCCAGUCGAGCCAUCGGGCCAUCGAACUAUCGAGCUCAGCGAGCUUUCGACUCAGGUUCUCGAUCGAAUCGGUCUGUCGGCCAGCAGACGCUCGCAGGUUCAGGUUCGGACCAACGUUCUCGUGGGCUCUCGCGCUGGAUCUGCAUCCCGCAACGGAGGGUCGAAUCGGAUUCGGAUUUUAACUAGGCUCACUGUCUAGUGCGAGCGUCACUCUGCUCGACGCGACGGGGGCAGUCGGCUCGGAGUACGUGCAGGUGCGAUGCGCGAUGCCCGAGAGACUGCAGGG